GGUAGUGCAUUGGACAAGUGAAGAAGUGGUGGUUUGGUUUGCGGCCGGUUCGGGUUGAUAGUUUACAGGACAGUUUGGUUGUAGAAAGUGUUAUAUGCGUUAAUUGCUCUGCGGAACAGAUCGUUAUGAACUCUGGAUUUUCGGGACGUUUCCGAAGCAGCGCUUGUUUCCAGUGAGAGAUGAGAAGGAGAUGAACAGGUGCAAUGGGAAACCCGGACUCUCUGGAGGUGAAUCCUCCCGUCACAGAGCAGAACUCUCUUAUUGAAGGGGUCAGUGACCCCGUGCUGCUUGUGGUCAUCUUUUCUGUGACUUUCCUGGCUGGGCUCGCCACACUGCUGUGCAGGAAUGAGCAGCAGAGGAUCCACCCGGAGAAUCAGGAGCACGUGCGAGCAGUUCGACAGCAGUUACAGACAGAGCAGGAAGCAGCAUCAGCAACACCGAGGCAUCAGUACUACUCAGACAUGUCCUGUCCGGUGUGUCUCCAGCAGGCCGUUCUUCCCGUGGAGAGUAACUGUGGUCAUCUUUUCUGUGGUUCCUGUAUUAUUGCGUACUGGCGCUACGGAACGUGGCUGGGAGCCAUUAACUGUCCCAUCUGCAGACAAAUAGUGACCCUGCUGCUCCCGCUUUUCCGUGGCACACAUCAGAACGCUCAGAUGCAAGAUGGCCAGCAGGACGCCACCCUGAUCCUCAACGACAUCAACGAUUACAACCGCAGAUUCUCAGGACAGCCCAGAUCCCUCCUGGACCGUUUGCGUGACGUCCCCACUCUUCUCCGCCACGCCUUCAGGGAGAUGUUCUCUGUCGGCGGACUCUUCUGGAUGUUCCGCAUCCGGAUCCUGCUGUGCCUGGUGGGGGCGCUGACCUAUCUGGCCUCUCCGCUCGACUUUAUCCCAGAGGCUCUCUUCGGCCUGCUUGGCUUCAUGGAUGACAUCUUUGUCAUCCUCCUCCUCUUCAUCUACAUCUCCAUCAUGUACAGGGAGGUGGUGACGCAGAGGCUAGCCGGCUGAGCACCAAAAAAAACCACUUCUAACGGGUUUACAGUUUUAUCUCUGAGUGUGUAUAUGAGAGUGUGUGUGUGUGUGUGUGUGUGUGUAGGUGGAGUCAUGUAAUAUUUAGCUUUAAUAACAGGUCAGGUGGAGCUCCUGUCCUUGUAUAAUAUAAAAUACAUACUGCCUGCAGGAGGUUGAGCUUGUUUGUGUGUUUCAGGAGCAUUUAUUGUGAUUGGCUGUCUUGAUGACCAUUUAAUCUGGUGAUCUUCGUGAACUUUGAUUAAGCUACAUUUAGCAAAGCACCGCGUGUGGCGUUGGCGUCACUGAAACAUUUGCCGUAGUUAUCAAACAUAAACGCUAGCUAGCUCGCUAAUUCAAAUCGGUCUUACUUGUGAGGUACUGAUGUCGGUGAGAUGAGGAGGCCUGAGGUGCAAUCAGCAUCCCAAAGGUGUACAGUAGAGUUGAAUUCAGAGCUCUAUAGCUGGAGAUGUUCCACUCCAACCAGUUUAACCCAUUUCUUCAUGGAGCUGACUUUGUACACAGGAAGAUUGGCAUAAACAGAUUUGGGAACUCUGUCGUUCAAGUGAGGGGAAAAGGAAUACCAUGCUACCGCAUCCAGAGACGCGCUGUACCUUUCGGCUUGUGUCGAAUUUAUAUUCAUUAAAACACAACGUAAUAAAAUCAGCCUUUUUCUCUCA